CUGAAGGGCGGCCUGGGGUGGGGCUGCUUCUCGCCUGCUCCUAGUGGCGGGAGGAUCAGGUCCCGGGCUCACCUGACGUCAUCCCCCCAAUCUUCUCUGGCGCUGGGAUCACCGCCACCAAGGAGAGACCUGGUGGUAUAUGGAUGGGAGGCCAGAGGAGCGAACAGAGCAUGCUAGGAAAAUGCCCCCGCCUUUGGUUCGAGAACCCCUAAUCUCCUAGCAACGGGCUGCGGAACUUCCGCAGACACCAAAGGGGAUGGCAUCCACUCCUGCCAAGAAUGAGGAGACAAAGAGCAGCAGGCAGGUUCAAGGUGCAUCCUCCUUGAGUGGAGGGCGGAAGGUUUCAUUAUCCCGUUCUGAGGAAUUCCUGACCCGGAUCAGCACAGAACUCACAGAUGAGGCUUUGUUAAUGGCUCGCUGCUACAUGAACCAUGUGCCCAUCAAGGAAAAGCAGACACGAGACCGAGGGACUCAGAUAUCCAAACACGUGUUCUUCACCAAGACCCGAGGCACAGACACCCGCUCCGACAGAAACCAUACCCGCACAAAGGCACACCUGCUGUGCCCUCGUGAAAAGAGCAUGCCUCAAAAUUCCUCUUUUGCAACUCGUUAAACACUUCAGUUUGGGGGGGACCCCUGGUCAUGAGCAAUAUCACCCCUGAAGCCUCCAAAGUGAUCUGGAACCAUCACACGACUCUCCACCCUCCGCUGGCAAGGACACCACCAGGAAUAAAAGGCUUUAAUAAAGGGACAGGAAUCCGCUCCCCCCCGCAACUCAGGCAGUGCUCUGGUGUGGCUUCUCUGGGUAGAGCUGCUAGAGGAGGGGCUUUUUUUUCGGCCAGAUGUGGAUGCUGGGUGUGGGCAGAUUAUUGGAAUGGUUUUAAUUCGGGCAGUUAUCUAUCCACCUGUGGGCAGAGUGUAAGCUCAUGGCUCCAAACCCAUUCUCCUAGCCAAACUUUAGCAUCUUAAGGUGUGGGCCUGUGACACUUCGGAGGGCCCACUCUUGCUCCUGAGGAGCCAUCUCUGCCACCACUGUAGACCCUGAGUGAUGGCCUGUCCCCUCGAAGGCAGUGCAAUAGACUUUGUGGAGUUUGCAUUUAAUGUUCUUUUUUUUUUUUGCGGUGGCUGAUCAAACCCCUGGACCUUGGUG